CUCACAAGGAAAUCCAACAAAUUCGCGGAAAGAAGAAGAAUUUCUUCUUAAAGGAGGCGAGGCGGGUGGUGAGCCAGGUGUCAGGGGUGCCAGGCAAGGACUGGCUGGCCGCCAUAGCUAAAUAUGCCGCCGAGAAUGGUUGUUGCUGGCCCACUACAUAGCUGUUAAACCCUCCUUGAUCUGGUACAUACUUGGCAGGGGUAGUGGGUAUUGAACCAUGGAUGUUGGGACACUGUUCUCUUACUGUGCCCAUGGUGCCCCUGCUCUUCACUGUAUCUCUUUGACACUACCAAAUUUCUUGCUCGAGUAUGUUAUGGUAAUGUGCCGAUCUGGUGCUAGGCCCUCCGGUAUUUUCCAGAGCUGCAUUUACAAAUUUUUCCCGAGAGAAAUAUUCUUCAUAGAAAAAUCAUGGAAGAACAUGAAUCACAGCUUGGGUCAUUUUUCAAAGGCUUGGUUGAGAAGUAUUUAGAGCUGUACACAAGUGAAUUAGGGAUGAGUGCAACUUUGUUGUUCAACUUUGUUGGCUAUGUCGGAAAAACACUCUGUGGGGAAACCAAGUUGUCAGAUAUAUGGCUGCCAAUGAUUGCUGGAGAAGAUAAGGAAGCAGCUAGGCACGUUGGAAAUAUGUAUGGUUUAGCCCUCAUGUACCAGGUGGAAAAGCUUAUUGAGAAAGAAAAGCAGUCAGUGGCUGGGAAGGAUGAGGCAUUUUGUCAGACUGUUAGACUUGAUGACUACACAAGCGUGUCAUUAACACCAAGGAACACAGUCACUUCAGCUAGAGAAAGGAAGCACCAUGGGCUGAAACUGCAGCCAUCUUUGGCUACAGAAGUUGAUAAAGCUGAUCCAUUACCUGCAAUCACUUCAUCUCUCAGUGGUAAAUCACGAAGAACCUGCAAGAGGCGCUGCGUCUCUGAAAAACAUAGAAACUUUUCCAUCGACACGCCCAUUGUUUCCCUCGAGUGUGUCACUUCUGCAGAAUCGGUCAUUCUGACUCCAUCUGAUGCUUCAUCAGAUUCCCUCACUAAUAUUUCACCUAGAGUUUCUCUCUCUGUUUGUACCUCACUAGCUGUUUCAUCUACUAAUUCUGCUUCACCAGUUAAUCCUGCAGUAUCCAUCUCUACUAGUAUAGGACAAUUUACCUCUGAUCCAGCAGAUUCACUCGCAACACCUUGUAAUACUUCCACAGUGUCUAGUACAUCCUCAGAACACCAUUCUUCACCCUGUAUCUCCACAACACCUGCACCAAAAUGCACAAAUUUGGUAUCCACAUCUGUCACACGCAUUAAGACUCGAUCGGCCACAAAACGAAUUUCAAGCACAGUACAGAGAGCCUCCAGGAGACUCGGCCCUUCAGUUGAUCGCACACCCUCCAGGCUCCCCACCUCUAGAACAGCAACUCUGCCAAAAGAUGCCACACGUGGGAAAUGCAGCACAUCCACAAAGAGAAUUCGACCCAAAAAUGCGUUGCCUGUAAAACGCAAGACUUUUGUGCCAAGUAACAAGCCUGUUAAAGGCACCUCAUCUGCUCAACGUAAGACUUCCAUCAAGCGCAAAUCCUUGACAACAGCUGAUAAUUCAACUAGAUCAGGGAGGAUUCCAAAAAAGAAAACGGUGCUCGAUUUAUAAGCCUGAGCUAAGGCACCUAAGAGUUUAACCGUGUUUAUUUUUAUAGAAAUUGUGUAAAUUUUUUUUUUAGUUCAGAACUUUUUAAAGUUAUGUUUAUUUUGACUGAAUACCUGCAUGAUGUUUCUCAUAAGAAUGUAAGAGGUUGGCUAAAUUGAUUUUAUUAAAUAGUUUGAAAGACAUGAAUGUGA